GCCAUAGUCACCGUAGUCCUGGCGACUGUAACCCACCAACAACAACAACCGCUCGCUCCAUCAUUACCACCUCCUCCACCAUCCUCAUCAUCAUCAACCAGUCCUCAGCCCAGGCGCCAUGCAGACCCCUGAGGCCGGUACUGGCUCAACCUCCACCGUCCCUCUACAGACCACCGUGCCUGGCCAGCCUACCGCCUCCAGCCAGCAGGCCCAGACUGUCCAGCAGGUGCAGCACGUUUACCCUGCGCAGGUGCAGUACGUAGAAGAGACCAGUGGCAUCUACACCAAUGGAACCAUAAGGACCUACACCUACACGGAGCCCCAGCUGUACAGCCAGAACAGCGGCGGCAGCUACUUCGACACGCAGGCGGGCUCGUCGCAGGUGCCCAGCGUGGUGGUGGGCGCGUCGCACGGCAUGACCAACAACAACAACAACAACAACGGCGAUGGCGGGGGCGGCGGGCGGGGCGGCGGCGGCGGCGGGGGGAACGGGGUGAUGGGCAUGGGCCUGGCCGGGGGGCAGGUGAUCGACGGCAGCUCCGGCGCAUACCUCAUAGACACCAGCGCCCCCCACGCCUCGGGCCAGGCCACCCGGGCCUCCCCGGCCACUGUGAGUAUUGAAAUGGCGAUUGAGACGCUCCAAAAGACUGAGGGUUUAUCCAGUCAGAGAAGCUCGCUGCUCAACAGCCAUCUGCAGUGGCUGCUGGACAACUACGAGACGGCGGAGGGCGUGAGUCUGCCGCGCUCCACCCUCUACAACCACUACGUGCGCCACUGCCAGGAGCAGAAGCUGGACCCCGUCAACGCCGCCUCCUUCGGCAAGCUCAUCCGCUCCAUCUUCACGGGGCUCCGCACGCGACGCCUCGGCACCAGGGGGAACUCAAAGUACCACUACUACGGCAUCCGGGUCAAGCCCGACUCGCCGCUCAACAGACUGCAGGACGACAUGCAGUUCAUGCAGGCCCUCCGCCAGCAGCCCGUCCAGCAGAGGCAGAGGUUCAAGCCGGUGCAGAGGGUGGACGGGGUGUCGGCCGACGGCUACGCGGCCGGGGCGCAGCACCCCACCAGCGCCACGGAGCAGGCGGACAUCGCUCAGAAUCAACACCACCAGGAGUUCCUGGACCCGUCACGAGCGCUGCCCGAGUUUGUGGAGUUGGAUCUGGGGGAGAGCGACCACUACAGCUUAGAAGACAUCAAAACUCUGGAGUCCCUUUAUAGAGAGCACUGUGAGGCAAUCCUGGACGUGGUCAUCAACCUGCAGUUCAGUCUGAUCGAGAAGCUGUGGCAGACGUUCUGGCGCUAUUCCCCUUCUGACACUGUAGAGGGCGCCACCAUAACGGAAAAUAGCGGUGUGAGCGAGAUCGAGGAGAGGCUGCCGCGGGCGCAGCUGCUGGCACUGUGCGCCACGGAGACGGUGGUCAAGUGGAUGAGCACCUGCGACUACCUGAUGUACCAGGCCGUGGUGGAGAUCCUCAUCCCCGACGUCCUCAGACCCAUUCCCAGUGCCUUGACUCAAGCCAUCCGCAACUUUGCUAAAAGCCUGGAAGGAUGGCUCAACAAUGCCAUGAACGCCGCUCCGCAGAGAAUGGUUCAGACCAAGGUUGCUGCUGUAAGUGCCUUUGCUCAGACGCUGCGUCGCUACACGUCCCUGAACCACCUGGCGCAGGCGGCGCGGGCCGUGCUGCAGAACACGUCGCAGAUCGACCAGAUGCUCAGCGACCUCAACCGCGUGGACUUCGCCAACGUGCAGGAGCAGGCCUCGUGGGUGUGCAAGUGCGAGGAGGGCGUGGUGCAGCGGCUGGAGCAGGACUUCAAGGCCACGCUGCAGCAGCACAGCUCCCUGGAGCAGUGGGCCACCUGGCUGGACAACGUGGUGACCCAGGCGCUGGAGCCCUACGACCACCGCACCAGCUUCCCCAAGGCCGCGCGCCAGUUCCUGCUCAACUGGUCCUUCUACAGCUCCAUGGUGAUCCGGGACCUGACCCUGCGCAGCGCGGCCAGCUUCGGCUCCUUCCACCUCAUCCGCCUGCUGUACGACGAGUACAUGUUCUACCUGGUGGAGCAUCGCGUGGCCCGCGCCACCGGCGAGACGGCCAUCGGCGUCAUGGGCGAGUUUGCCAGCCUUAAUGCACUGUCUCUGUCCAACGUGGACAAAGGUACGUGGCUCAUCGACGAGGUCAGCGAGCUGGACAGCGACCCCGAGGACGACCCCGACGAGCCUCUCACGCCACUGGCCAAGCGGCUGCGGCCGGCCCACGAGGUGAUCCAGGUGAUCCAGGUGGGCGGGGCCGAGGACGGCGGGCACCCGGUGGUGGGCGUGGUCCAGCCCGGCGUGCUCCACUCGCUGCCCCAGCCCCUGCCGGACCACGCCGAGCACAUCCUCACGCCGGCCUCCGGCACGCCCACCAUACGCCACUGCGACACCACGGGCAACACCUACUUCUCUGUGUGAGGGGCCACAGG